AUGUCACUCCGGUUUAAACUUGUAUUUUUUGCCCCAAAAACUCACACCGCGGAGAUCCUGAGCAUGCUGUUUAAACAAUGCCCGAAUGUACUCGGUAAGAUUGGUCAGUAUGAGGAAUGCGCAUUCAUCACUCCUGGAGUCGGGCAGUUCAAGCCAGGGCCAGGUGCUCAACCUCUUACUGGAGAGCCUGGGAAGCUCGAACGCGUGGAUGAGGACAGGGUGGAAAUUGUGGUUAGUGACCAAGGCGAUAAAGCACAACUCAAGGAUGCGAUUAGUCACCUGAAAGCGGUUCAUCCAUAUGAAGAGGUUGCAUAUGACGUCUACAGGCUUGAAGACGUUUAG